UUUGCGUUCCAGGAAGUUCCACGUCAGUAUCCAACCCUGUUCACUGAAAUCGCUACAUUUGAAUGCUGUUUGCAACUGUUCGCAAACCAAUAAUCUGAGCUUGGGUCGACGGAACAGUGACAAAAAUGCCGCUGAGGCUUGACAUUAAGCGAAGGCUGACAGCUCGGUCUGACCGAGUGAAGAGUGUGGACCUUCAUCCAACGGAACCAUGGAUGCUUGCCAGUCUGUACAAUGGAAGCGUGUGUGUGUGGAACCAUGAGACGCAGACUCUGGUGAAGACAUUUGAGGUGUGCGACCUCCCUGUCAGAGCAUCCAAAUUUGUGGCCAGGAAGAACUGGGUCAUCACAGGAGCAGAUGACAUGCAGAUCCGCGUGUUUAACUACAAUACCUUGGAGCGUGUUCACAUGUUCGAGGCCCACUCUGACUACAUCCGCUGCAUCGCUGUCCACCCCACACAGCCCUACAUCCUCACCAGCAGCGAUGAUAUGUUGAUCAAGCUGUGGGACUGGGAGAAGAAGUGGUCCUGCAGCCAGGUGUUUGAGGGUCACACCCACUAUGUCAUGCAGAUUGUCAUCAACCCUAAGGACAAUAAUCAGUUUGCUAGUGCUUCCCUAGACAGGACCAUCAAGGUUUGGCAGCUGGGCUCUUCCUCUCCCAAUUUCACUCUGGAAGGCCAUGACAAAGGAGUCAAUUGUAUUGACUAUUACAGUGGAGGGGACAAGCCCUACUUGAUAUCAGGCGCUGAUGACCGCCAGGUCAAAAUCUGGGACUACCAGAAUAAAACCUGUGUUCAGACUUUGGAGGGCCAUGCUCAGAAUGUUUCCUGUGUGAGCUUCCACCCAGAGCUGCCAAUCAUAAUCACAGGGUCAGAAGAUGGUACGGUACGUAUUUGGCACUCCAGCACUUACCGCCUGGAGAGCACCCUGAACUAUGGCAUGGAGCGAGUGUGGUGCGUGUGCGGCCUCAGGGGAUCCAACAAUGUAGCACUGGGCUAUGAUGAAGGCAGCAUCAUUAUCAAAGUGGGUCGUGAAGAGCCGGCCAUGUCAAUGGACACCAACGGAAAAAUCAUUUGGGCCAAGCACAGUGAAAUCCAGCAGGCCAACUUGAAGGCAAUGGGAGAUGCUGAGAUCAAGGAUGGAGAGAGGCUCCCAUUGGCUGUGAAAGACAUGGGCAGCUGCGAAAUAUACCCACAAACCAUCCAGCACAACCCCAAUGGGAGGUUUGUUGUGGUGUGUGGUGAUGGAGAGUAUAUCAUCUACACUGCCAUGGCUCUGAGGAACAAGAGCUUUGGCUCUGCACAGGAAUUUGUCUGGGCACAUGACUCGUCAGAAUAUGCCAUUAGAGAAAGCAACAGCAUCGUCAAACUCUUUAAAAAUUUCAAAGAAAAGAAAUCCUUUAAGCCUGACUUUGGAGCUGAAGGGAUCUAUGGAGGUUUCUUGCUUGGUGUGAGGUCAGUUAAUGGUCUGGCAUUUUAUGACUGGGAGAACACUGAACUGAUCCGCCGCAUUGAGAUCCAACCCAAGCAUAUCUUCUGGUCAGAUUCUGGUGAGUUGGUGUGCAUCGCGACAGAAGAGUCUUUCUUCAUCCUUCGUUACCUGGCAGAAAAAGUAGCUGCCUCACAAGAGAACAAUGAGGGAGUGACAGAGGAUGGCAUUGAAGAUGCAUUUGAGGUCCAGGGAGAGAUCCAGGAGAUUGUGAAGACUGGACUCUGGGUGGGUGACUGCUUCAUCUACACCAGCUCUGUGAACAGACUCAACUACUUUGUCGGAGGAGAAAUCGUUACCAUUGCUCACCUGGACAGAACCAUGUAUUUACUGGGUUACAUACCCAAAGAUGACCGUCUCUACCUGGGAGACAAGGAGCUCAACAUCGUCAGCUACUCCCUGCUGGUCUCAGUUUUGGAGUACCAGACUGCUGUCAUGAGGAGGGACUUUAGCAUGGCUGACAAGGUUCUUCCCACAAUUCCUAAAGAACAACGAACCAGAGUGGCCCAUUUCCUGGAGAAACAGGGUUUCAAGCAGCAGGCAUUAGCAGUGUCCACAGACCCUGAGCACAGGUUUGAGCUGGCCUUGCAGCUGGGAGAGUUGAAGAUUGCUUACCAGCUGGCUGUCGAGGCAGAAUCAGAGCAGAAGUGGAAGCAGUUGGCAGAGCUUGCUGUUGGUAAGUGUCAGUUUGGCCUGGCCCAGGAGUGUCUGCAUCAUGCGCAGGACUACGGCGGCCUGUUGCUCCUCGCCACAGCCUCUGGUAACGCCACUAUGGUGGGCAAGCUGGCUGAGGGUGCAGAAAAGGACGGGAAGAACAAUGUGGCCUUCAUGACCUACUUCCUGCAGGGGAAACUGGAUCAGUGCUUGGAGCUUUUGGUAAGAACUAACCGUCUACCUGAAGCUGCUUUCCUGGCUCGCACUUACCUGCCAAGCCAAGUAUCCCGUGUGGUCAAACUGUGGAGGGAAAACCUGGCCAAGGUCAACCAGAAGGCUGCUGAAUCCUUAGCAGACCCCACAGAGUAUGAAAACCUGUUCCCUGGUCUGAAAGAAGCCUUUUCAGCUGAGCAUUACCUCAGAGAAACUUGCUUAGGCGCCACCAGGCCUGCCAAAGAAUAUCCCUUGGUCACACCGAAUGAAGACAGAAAUAUUUUAGAGGAGGUUCAAGGAUACAAGCUCAAAGGGACUUCGCCAGUUGCGGAGCCUGAAGAGUCUCCCUUAGUGUCAGUAGUUGCAGAGGAGGCCUUGGCCAUGCCUUCACAGCCUGAACCUGCCUCCGCACAGCUUCCAAAGGAAAUCUAUUCAGUCUCACAGUUGGAAAAAGAAAAGACUCUGGAUGAGCUGGAGGUAGACCUGGACAACAUGGAGCUAGAUGACAUAGACACCUCAGACGUUAAUCUCGAUGAUGACUUUCUUGACGACUAGAGACCUUCGACUCGUUUCGCUGUCUCCCACCUUGGAGUUUAUUUAAUAACAGAGAGAGACCAAACACCCUCCUCCCUUUUUGUACUUAAAAAUGUUAUUGUCCACCUACUACACAUUGAAGUAGAUGAAUAUGAUACCAGUAAUAUUUUAUCCUCGGAGGAAUAAUAGACGACAUGUCUAUAUUUCAGACUCUCCAUUUUGUACACCAUGUGAUUGUUGGAGACCUUUCCAAUUUAUUGCAUUGAGCUACAUGUUAUGUUUAUUUUUUUUGCCUUGUCUGUGAUGAAGAAUCACUGUUCAUUCAGUUCAAUAAACUGCGGUUGCUGUACAUA